AUGGCGCACGACGGCAAUGCGACGCCUGGCGACGAGGGCGAAUUCGAGGGCGACAGCUGCGAGUUGUCGUUCCUCGAGGAGGCGAGCGAGCUGCAGCGCCUCGUCGCCAUACUCGUGCCCUCCGCGCAGUCCGAUCGGUCUGGAUCGGUGCAAUGCGGUGUGUCGAAUUUCGGAAUCGCAGAGGCGGAUGAGGAUGCGCAACGAAGGCGCGCGGUGGAAGACGGGGAGAUGCGCGACGACCCGCGGGCAGCAGUGCUGCUCCGCUUCGAAACCAUCUGCGCCAAGUACCGCGAGCAGCCGGAGCUGCUGGACCCGCACCUCUCCGCGCUGCUCUCCCCCGCCAUGGCCUGCCUCUCCGCGCACGCGCUCGCUGCCGCGGCCGCGCUGCCCUCCGCGCUUGCGGGAGGCUCCGCGGGGUCGGGGGAACUCGAGCGGGCGAUGGGGGAGGCGGAGGCGCAGCGGAUGGUGCGGGAAGUGGCGGGGGCGGCGUGCGUGGUGCAGGUGGUGGCGUACGUGCGCGGCGCCAAGGUCGUCUGUCGCUUCUUCCCCAACGCGCCCUCCCACCUCGAACCCGCGCUCGCGCUGCUGCUGCUCGUGCUCCGCCUCUCGCCCGCGCCGCCCAAGGUAGCGCUGCAGGGAUGCAGUGGUGGGGGAGCGCGGAUGCAAUGGUGGGAUGCAGUGGCGGGGUCGGAGGUGGGGGUGGCGGUGGAGGCGGCGGAGCAGUGGCGCGUGCACUAUGCGCUGCUCUCGUGGCUCUCGCACCUGCUGCUGCUGCCCUUCUCCCUCCCCUCCCUCGACUCCAACCUCUUCGCCCCCCAACCCCCCGCCUCCCUGCAACCCUCCUCCCUCGAACACUCCUCCCAACCGCUACCAGCAGCAGCAGUGUCAGCACCCGUGGCGUCCCAUGUGCUCCACCGCCUCCUACCACUCCCCACCGCUGCAUGGGAAGGGAGGUUGUCAGAAGCAUGGUCACUGCCCGACGUGCUGCUGCGAGCGUGCCUCACCUUCCUGCCCAACGGCCGCCUGCCCGUCCCCCUCAUGCUCGCCCGCCUCCUCUCCCGCCCCGAAAUGCACUCCCCCCUCGCCUGGUUCAUGGAAGAGAGUCGCCGCCUUGUGGCCUCGCUCUCUGCCGCCCUGCCCUCGCCAGCCGCUCUUCCGGACGGCCCGCCAGGCAGGGGAGAGGGAGCAGCAGUGGUGGUAGUGGAGGAGGGGAAGGGGCGGGCACCACUGUCGGAGGAGCUGCUGGCCCCUGUCAUCCUCACCCUCGCCGCCAUCUUCAAGACAGCCCCACGUGCAGAGCUCACUCACCACACACACCCAGUGUGGGCCACCAUCCUCCUGCCCCUCCUCCACUCCACCUCGCCUUCCAACCUUCCCCACUCCGCGGGCUCCUCUCCCCACCCCAUGUGCGCGCGUCCUGUCUCACUGCUGCUCCCCCUGGCCCUCGUGAAGCUGCUCCAUCGCCUCGCCCUCUCCCUUCUGCCGCCCCGCCAGCCCUCCUGGCGCUACCAGCGCAGCAUCCAUCGGGUGGACGCCCCCCCCUCUGCAGCCCCCCCCGCGCCCUUGCCAUCGCCAGCAGCAGGAGGUGCUGGGCCGGGUGCGGAACAGGGGGUGGCGGCAAGUGCGGAAGGAGUGGGAGGGGCGGAGGAGAGAGAGCUGGGGCGGAGAGAGGGGGAGGGGGAGGGGGAGGAAGAGGGGGAGGAGGAAGAGGAAGAGGAGGUGGCGGAGCUGGUGGAGGAGGCGGUGGGGGAGCUGCUGCCCAUGCUCAAACACGAGUCAACGGAUGUGCGGUGGGCGGCAGCGCGCGGCCUGUCGCGGGUGGUGGGUGGCUUGCCAGCAGGCAUGGCGGACGAAGUGGUGGCGGCCGUCAUUGCCUUGGUGGACCCGCACGAGCUACCAUCGGACAGUGCAUGGCAGGGCGUGUGUCUGGCACUCGCAGAGCUGGCAGCCAGAGGGCUGCUGCUGCCGUCGCGCCUGCACUCCGUCACGCCGCUCCUCGCCUCCGCGUUGCACUACGAGGUGUUGCGGGGGGCGGUGGGCACGGGGGCGCAUGUGCGCGAUGCAGCGGCGUAUGUGUGUUGGGCCAUCGCCCACUCCUUCUCACCGCCCGUUGCUGCUGCCUCCCUGCAGCAGCUAUGCCCUCACCUCCUCGCCGUUGCCUGCUGUGACCGCCAGAUGAAGUGCAGGUGGGCGGCAGCAGCGGCCUUCCAGGAGGUGGUGGGCCGCUUUGGCUGCAUCUCCGACGCCCAAGCGCUCUCCACACCCACCACCCGAGGCACACCCCAUGCCUCCACCAGAGGACCUAGCCAAGGAGGUGAUGCGGUGGAGAGUGGUGCGGAGAAGGAGGAGCAGUGGGUGCCAGCAGGGGGCAUCGCCAUAGUGAAUGCGGCUGACGUCACGUCGCUGUCAUCCACUCGCACUGCAUUCACUCAGGUGCCCACCACAGCCGCAUCUGUCAGUCUGAGAAGCCUUCUUUGUCCUCAUCUGCCUUUGCCCUUUAGCACAUGCACAUGCACCACACACCUGCCCCCGUUACCAUCAUUUCUCCUCGCCUCCCAUAUCUCCUCCUGCCUCUCCUCCUGCUGUCCCCCCUGCUUCCAGGUGGCACUAUUCGUGGCAGGCUAUCCGGAGUACCGCGAGCAGCUGUUGCUCAAGCUAGCAGCCAGCACGCACCACUGGGACAAGGCCAUCCGCGCCCUCGCAGCUGAAUCCCUCGCCGCCAUUGUCCCUCUUGACCCGCCCCGCCUCCUCUCCCUCUUGCACCUACACCUCCUCCCCCUGCUCGCCUCCCCCGACCCCCCCUCCCGCCAUGGGGCUCUCCUGGCCACCGCAGCCCUCCUCCCGCCCCUCUCCGCCUCCCCGCCCUCCCCGGCCCUCUCAGACACCCUCUCCUCACUCACCGCCUCCCUCCCCACGCUGCUCGCCCCGCGCUCCUUCCGAGGGCGCCUAGCUGCGGAUCUCAAGGUGGCCUGCUGCCGCCUGCUCUCCGCGCUCGCUGCUGCACUGCCCCGCGCACAACUGCCGCCCCUGCCCACACCUGCUCUCACUGUGGCUACUGCUUGCCUGCACGACAUGCUGGCAGGGGAUGGGGGGGAGCUGCAGUGUGCGCGGGCGCGCUUUGUCUCGUCAAUCCAGGAGGCAGCAGCAGCAGCCCUGUGGGACCUCGCUCGCACCCAGCAUUCCCCUGCUUGCACAGACUUUGCUCGCCAAAUAAUAACGCGCCACGUGGCGACUCUGGAGUCCGCCAGCUCAGCAGCGAGUGCGAGGCGAGGCGCUGUGCUGGCGCUGCAGUGCUUCCUGCCCAGCCUCUGCCCCGCCUGGCCCUCCGCCUCUCCCCUUGACUCCCCUGCUGCUGGCACUGAUAACGUGGGGCUAGGUGUGGGGGGCGCAAACACAGGGCUAGAGGACGGAGAAAGACAUGGGGAGACGGAGGGGAGAGGGGGUGAGGGAGGGGUGGAUGAGGGUGAGAGGUCAAGGCGCGAGCUGGCAGAGCGGGUGGUGAAGGCGCUGUGUGCUGCUGCCACUGACAAUACACCCUUAGGAUCGGAUCUCCAAGCCCUUAUCAUUUCCUCCAACCACCCAUCCGUCACCCACGCUGCAACAACCUCCCACCCCUUAUCCUCCCUGUCAACCCUGCAGCGGGGGCGUCGUGCUGUGACUGACGUGGCAGUGCGCGCAGCAGCAGUGGAAGCGCUGGGUAAUGCAGCCAGCAUCAUUCCCCUCCUGCAGGCCGGCGGGGCAGGCGCAAGGGGGCACACAGGGACGGGUGGGGGAGAUGGGGCAGAAGCGGAAGGGGAGGGCGAGAAGGAGGAGGUUGAGGACUACACGGAGGACCAGCGGGGUGACGUGGGCCGCCUCGUGAGGGAAGCUUCCAUGAAAGCGCUGGUGGCGUGGGUGGAAGAAGUGUACAGAUUGAGAGAGGUGUGGGAGGGCGAGGUGGGAAAUGCACCAAGUAACACUGACGCAGCACCUGACGCCCCAUCGUCUCAGCGGCGGCACAUUGGGGUUGGGGAAUGGUGCAGAGCGGUGGCAGGGCGGGUGGUGGGUGUGCUGCUGAAGCAGGCGGGGGAGAAGAUUGACGGCACCCGCAAGGUGGCGGGGCAGGGGCUGCAGCGGCUGCUGUGGGGGAGCAAGCACGGUGCAGCGAUGGCAGGGACACAAGAGACAAGAGGGGAAGCAGGGACUGCAGAGGCAGUUGAGGCACGUGGUGCUGGUGGCAGCACGCAGGGGGCAUCAGGUGGAGGCGGGGAGGAGACGGAUGGAGGAGGCGCAGUGAGUCAAUGCGUGGGCGGCACGGCACAAGGGAGCGGUGUGUGCAGGGAUGUGGAUGGGUGGGAGCAGCUGAGGCAGCACGUGCCCUCCGACCCUCACUUCGCAUGGAAGAAUCCUGCGGCUGUCUUUCCCCGUCUGGCCCCGCUGCUGCUGCUGCCAGCCUACCGCCUGCCACUGCUAUCAGGGCUGCUUCUCUCCGCGGGCGCUCUCUCCCACUCCCUCACUGCCGCCUCCCUGCGCGCCCUGUUCUCUCUCAAACCAGCUGAGGGGACACAGGGGGCUAUGAGGGGGACAGGAGAGGGGGGAGAUGGUGGGCAGUGGGAGGAGGUGCAGGGGCGGAUAGCAGAGGACGUGGUGGUGCUGCUGAGGCGGCACCGCAAGCAGAAUCGAGUCAUAAUCCCGUACAUCAAGGCCAUCGCUGCUGUACUUGAGGCGGAUUUCUUUGGGUCGUUAUCAGCAGACACCCCGGCUUCAGCAGACACCCCGGCUUCAGCAGACACCCCGGCUUCAGAUGACCCUGCCACUCCCACCACCUCCCUCGCGGCUCUACCUGGGGUGUUGGUGGGGAGUGUGGAGGAGGAGCUGUGCCGCCCACAGCCCACGGCAUCGGUGCCCAAGAUGCUGGCGGCCGUCGACCUGCUCUGCCACCUCGCCGCCCCCCUCUGCUCUGCCCGCCAGCAUGCCCUCUCCACGCUACUCUGGCUGCUCGCCGUGCGCUUCCCCACUGUUCGAAGGCACUGUGCAGAGCAACUGUACUUGGUGCUUCUAAUGGGAACAGAAGGCGGGGAUGAAACAGAGGAUGUUGAUAGAGAGGCAGCGUUGGAACAAGCUCAAAAUAUUCUUAGCGCUGAUUGGGGUGCAAUGGAUGAUGCUCUGCUGUGGUUCCACGCGAGCUGCAUCUUCAAAGCCCCGGGACUCAUCACCAAGUCAGUGCCCCUCUGCUCCCCUGCCGCCGCUGCCACCGCUGCCACCCAUGCCACCCCUGCUCUGCUGCCCCCCAGCUCCCCUGCUCGCCUGCGCCCAUCCCUCUUUGCCGCCUCUCUUUGUGCGCCCCAAUGCCCGCUUCUCCCCCCAUUCCAUCGCCGCCUAUCCACUGCGCUCCCCCUCCCCCCUGCCACUGCGGCCGACGUGCGGGGCGUGAAUGUGCUGCAGUGCCUCUACAUCGCACGCACCUCAACAAUACGACUCACUCCCCCUCUGUGUCUUCCCCCCUCUGUGAAGGACAAGCUGCGCGCACACCUGAGUGUGGCAGACAUGCGCGCUAUGCUGGAGGCCAAUCAGCAGGAGCCAGGUGGCAGCGAGGACGCCCUGAGGGAGCGCUGUGCGGACGGCACGCUGCCCCGAGAACCUGCUGCUGGACGCCAAGAUCGCCUACUUUGGGCUCAGCAAUGUGGACGUGUGGAGCUGCGGGGUGAUUCUCCCCCUGUGAACUACCCUCUCUUAUUGCAUGCAGGGUGGCAUGUACGCCCUGCCCCACCACCUGUGAUACCGCGCAUGCUGCUGGUCGACCCCAUGAAGCGCAUCACCAUCCCCGAGACCCGCCACCACCCCUGGCUCCUCGCCAAGCUCCCCCGCUACCUCGCCGUGCCGCCGCCAAAUGCUGCCGAGCAGGCCAAACGGAUUGACGAGGAGAUCUUUCAGGUGGUGACGAAGAUGGGGUUCGACCAGGAGCACCUGGCGGAGUCCCUGCGGGAGCGCCGCACGAACACGGCGACAGUGGCCUCGUACCGGCUGCUGGACUCGCACCGCCGCAUCUCCAUGGGCUAUCUGGGCGCCCAGUUCAAAGAGCACAAGGAGGGGCAGCACGACCAGCACGCCACGCACGCGCUUGCAGCCGAUGGGUCCCCACUGGUAGCCGCGAGGGGAGGGCUGGGGCAUGCGCUGGUGGCGAGGCGGAGUGUUGGGAGUGGGGGGGGUGGCGGGAGCGGGGGGUUGGGGAUGGGGGUGCCGGGGUCGACCGCGCAAUAUCAUCAGCACGUUGUGGCAGAUCGGAAAUGGGCGCUGGGGUUGCAGUCCCGCGCGCACCCAAUGGAAGUGAGGGGGGAGGCAUUCCGCGCACUGCAAGCGCUGCAGGGGGGAUGCGGAUGGGAUGCUGGUGGAUGGGGGGCGGUUGGAUGGUGUGUAAGGACGAUACAGGACGAGAGAGGCCGCCCGGUGAUUCCUGUGGAGGCGCUGGUGGGCGGCGGGGUUCGGCUGCGGUUUGAGAUGCAGCUGUUCAAGGUGCGGGAUGAGAAGUAUCUUCUGGGCGUGCAGCACGUGGACGGCUCUCACAUGCUCUUCCUCGCACAGCUGCAUGUCAUCUGA